AUGGACUCUAAGCCUAUCCACUUCAACGAUGUCCCGCUCGACGUCAAGAAGAACAUUAUUCUCGGCUACAUCACACGGCCGGAAGAUCUCAAGUCACUAUGCCUGACAAGUAAGCGACUACGAGACAUCGCUACUCCACCGCUGUAUCGAAAAGUAGUGCUUUUCAUCGGCGGCCACAAAGACAUCAGAGUCUCCGGUCUACUGAGUCGAUCAAAUCCGGGCAUUCAGCAUAUUAGGAAAGUCUACCUGCAGCUUGAGAAGACGCCAAUUCCAGCUCUGGAUAUCCAUGUGAACUCUGAUGACUCUUCUGAAGAUGAAGAAGAUGCACAGAUUGAAGACAUUGUGGGUGCCGCGAGACAGGCUCAAUUUACUGUCAGGUUGCUUCUGGAUUUCUUGCCGAAUGAUAUUCUUGAGAAAUUUAGUUGGCAGGAAUGGGAGCCUUUCUCAAUGGACAAUUGGGUACUACUGAUGAAGAAGCAAAAGCGGCUGAAAGCAGUCGAAAUCGAACCAGUCGAUCGGAACUUCAUGCCGGAGCUCGAAAAGAAUCCCGGUCUUUUCACAAGUUUGGAAGGAGCCGCGAGCCUGCAUUUCUACCCUGACACCGUCGAUCGAUUAAACGCCUGUCAAAAAGUUGUGGAAACCCAGACAAAGUUUAACGAGCUAGAACUUUCCUCUGGUUUUGCGUAUUCUGGGGAAAUUCAUGGUGAUCUAGAAGACUCAAGCACCCGCCCAGGUCUCCUCACGAGGACGGUCUUUAGCCACAUGAUGCCUUUCGAGACGUGCACUCCGAUGAUUCUCAAGAAACUCAGCAUAGAAGACAUCGACUUGCGGUAUGCUGCUGAUACUUUUAUGAAAUUCAUCAAAUUCAGCGCCCUGGAAUCCCUGCUUAUUAAUGGAUGCGGGGGUGCAGACACUGUGUUCGCUCAGAUGAGCAAGCCGCUUCUGCGCCCCACCAAGUUGAAGAAAAUCCGUUGGUUCCAUAGCGAAGAGACGAGCGUGACACAUGCUCUUGAGGCCUUCGACGGACUACUCGAGGCCAUGAGUGGAUUGGAGGUUUUGCAUGUAGAUAUCAUGGGCUUCAGUGGAUUGCCCAACCCCACAGCGAUAGCGCACCAUGGGAAGACCCUGCGACUCUUAGGUGUUCGAAGCCGAGAUCCAGUGUCAAACCUGAUGAGGUACGAGAGCGAGCAAUUGGAUGAGAUUUGCACAGCGUGCACUGAGCUUCGCCAGCUUGGGAUUACAUUUCCUGAUACGUCUGUUUCGGAUGCUCAUCCAAGCUCUGAAUUCAAACAAGCUCAACGGUGCCUGAAAAAACUACGCCAUCUAAUUACACUCAAUCUCCACUCCUGGCCAACCACUCGAAGCUCCUUCAUCAGCCGCAACUACAAGCUGAAAUAUGAAUGGUACGACCUCUACGAGCAUGCUCUACAGCGACUAGCACAACAGAUACUCGAAGCCAGCGACGCCCAUUCCAAGGAGCAGGGUUGGGGCCUCGGUCACCGUUCUUUGCUCGCCGUCGUUGCCUUUGGCGCUAAUGGAAAGACUUCCCCUGACGGUGAAUCCAUUCUCAAGUUGAAGCAGCUCCCUUUUGUGCGGGGAUUGAAGGUCGACCCUUUUGGCAAGGCGGAGAUGUUGGCGGUGAAGACAAUGUGGAGAAUGGUCCAGUUCAUUGAACCGGAGAGUGAUAUCUUAAAUUUCUCGAAAGAUGCGCAUAACGCGCCUUGA